AUGACGAUCGUCAGCUGUCACUCGGUGCUUUUCGCGGUGGUUGCGGUGGCCCUCGUCACGGCUCCUUGCUUCCAGGCCAAGACCACAGCGAAGCCCAAGCACCACUACACCAAGAAGCCCCCCGCCCCCCCAGCCACCGCACACAGCCCUCGGACCCCCGGCUCCCCAAAGACCCCCCCGCUGAAGGCCCCGGAGAGUAAGCCCACGCGUGCAGCGGAGCCCCCAGCGCCGGCCGCCGCAGAACGGACCCCCUAUCCCAGAGACGUGGUCCCCGACCACCGCAUGGAGGGCACUCGCCCCCCCGGCGCUGGGAAUGAGAACUACACACUAGAUUACAACGAGUGUUACUUCAACUUCUGCGAGUGCUGCCCGCCUGAGAGGGGGCCCAGGGGCCCGAAGGGAGACAGGGGUCUGGCAGCAGGGCCAGACCGAGCAGAGCCAGGGCCCACUGGCUUACCCGGACCGCAGGGCCUCAAAGGCACUGUGGGGUUGAAAGGGGACAAGGGUGAUCGAGGAAACGUUGGAUUGGCGGGGUCAUCAGGAAUUCCUGGAAAACCUGGAGAGAAAGGUGAAGGUGGUUCUGACGGCCGGAACGGAGAAGUUGGGUUUAAGGGCAGCCCCGGAGACAAAGGGGAGCCCGGCCUCAAUGGGACGGCUGACCAGGGAGAACCGGGGGCCGAGGGUCCGACCGGACCUCCAGGACUGGCUGGGGAGACGGGCCCCAAGGGAGACAAAGGCGACAGGGGGGAGUGUGGCACCUUUGGGGAGAGAGGUAACGCAGGGGCCCGCGGGGAGCCUGGACAUCCUGGUAUUCCGGGCGGAAUGGGUCAUCCUGGAUUGAACGGCAAGUAUGGCCCCCCGGGUCAGCCAGGGGUCCGGGGAGACCCGGGGCCCCCUGGACCUCACGGGGAACCUGGGGUGAAAGGGCCCCAGGGAAGCCCAGGACUAAGAGGCCUUUUCGGUCCAAAGGGGGACCGCGGUUACCACGGCAUGCGGGGCGAGCGGGGCCACCGCGGGCUGAAAGGCGCCAAGGGGGCGGGGCUUCCCCAAAAGCGCUCGGCCUUCAGCGUGGGCAUCACGCCGAGCAAAUCCUUCCCGCCGUCCGGUUCCCCGAUCCGCUUCGACAAGGUCUUCUACAACGAGGAAGGCCAGUACAACGCCUCCUCCCACAGCUUCACCUGUGUCCACGCCGGGGUCUACGUCUUCUCCUACCACAUCACCGUGCGGAACAAGCCACUGCGGGCGGCCCUCGUGGUGAACGGCUCGCGGCGGGUCCGGACACGGGACUCCGUCCAGGGUCAGGACAUCGACCAGGCGUCCACGCUGCUGCUGCUGCGGCUGGCGGCCGGAGACCAGGUGUGGCUGGAGACCCUCAGGGACUGGAACGGAGCUUACGCCAGCAGUGAAGACGACAGCGUAUUCUCUGGGUUCCUGCUGUACUCGGACGAAGCGUGAUACUCGACGAUCAGCCCUGGCCUGACUCCAUAAACGGACUGGGUUUAAAAGCGACGGCAAUUGAAGCCUCUCGUUCACACAGAGGGUGGAGUCAGUCAGGGGCGCCGACAGUUGUCGUGAGCGGUGCUUGUGUAGAGCUGGUUUUAAGGUACCUUGCUCAUGGACACCUGAACACCUUUUGCCUGAAGGAGCUGAGGAUUCAAACCAGGAAUCAGACGACGUACACCACCUGAGCUACUGCUGCCUUAUAUCUGCUGAUAAGGCCUACAUUUGUUUGUUGAACUACCUGCAGAACUACAGGAACCUACGUCUACAGACAGUUCAUCCACUGUCAUGGGACAUCUCAACGCUUGAAGCCAGCCAAUGUUGGGUUUUGAUCUUACUCAAUCUUAUGGCUGAAUUUAACCAACACUAUUUGCAACACUUAUGAACCGGACAUAUUUACUCUUCCAUUCUCUAUUUCAACACCAUGACACCACAUUGUAACUGAAGUUUCACUUCACUUUUUGGACCCAGGGCGUUUCCAUAACUUUCUCGGUAUUAGCACAUCUGCCUCUAAUCUCUCAAUCUAACUGUUGUAUUCCUACAUUGCAAACAAACAGCUACUAUUUAUAUAUAUAUUUAUUGAUAUAUAUAUAUUCAUAUUUCAUUGUAAUGUUACGCAAUUAAGAUCUAGCAAGUAUAGUUAGGAUAUACGACCGGUAAACGGUAAGAUAAUGAUGAUUUUGUUCUAAAACUCUUCCAAGCAAAGUUUGUCCUUCUCUGUAUCUCCAACUACAUAACAAUAUGUAAUCACUUUUAAAUCUUAAAGGGUUGUAAAACAGGUGUUGUCGUUUAUAAAAAAAAUCAUAGUACCUGUUAAUCAUUAUAAAUCCUUAUAUCUUUCCUAUAUUCCCAAUAGUAAAAUUGUUUUUAGCCAUAUU